UAUUACCAGCAAAAUCGUGUGCAAAUUGCAGAAAUAGUGUGCUGUUUAUUAUAUUGUGAAAUACGAAGCAAAAUGUCUGCCAAUUUCGAUACGUUGAACGCGAAACUACGCAAGCGAUUGAUCCAAUUGAGUGAAUACAAAGAUCCGGAAGAAAAGUUCCGAAUGCUUAAACGGUACUUGUCCCACUUUGUCAAGUUGGCCCAAUGUGGAAGACACUUUGAAUCGUCCUUUGCCGAUCAUUUGCAAAUCUUAGUGACGCACCUCAAUGAACGUCGCAGAAAACCCGCAGACGCAGAAGUGCUUGCGACGAUCAUGAAAACGUUAUGUAUAGUUUGUUGCAUAACGGAUGUUCCUUAUCAAAUGGUGAUGAUAGCGCUGCAGGGUUUGCUCGAGAUAUUCGAGCGAAUUUCUUGCAAAGAGACGCUAGACAGUUUGAAGCAUAGUGAGAAUCAUUUUAAAAAAAUGGUUUUCUAUCUAAAGAAAUUCAAAUAUUUUAAAAUUCAGCAUCAAAUGCUUGAGCUAGUUUACGUUAGCUCACUUGCACACACUGAUAUUUCUAAACGAAGAGAAUACGUUAAACAGUUUUCCCAAGUAAUAGGGUAUUCUUGGGAGCAAUUGCUCACUUGGAAAUCAUGUAGCGUGGCUGAGGAAUGUAGAUUGCUUCUUGUUGAUUUGCAAAAACAAGAUUCGGAUGUCUUUUCGCUUUCGGUUGAUUAUUGUCAGCUAGACUUUUACAGACUGGCUAAACCCAACGAUACGGCUACGUUGUGGUUGGAUUUCAAUACUAGGCCAGCAACUGUUAGUUUUUCUGCUCUUGUUGCGGUUAAUGGUAGCAAUGAUCAACCUGAACUAACCAUUAAUCUGGAAGUAAUGCAAAACAACAUCAGUCAAAUUGAAUUGGUUGACGGACCGAAAAACGUAAGUCUGUUGACUAUACACUAUGAAGCUAUUUGUUUAGAACCAGAGGUUAUUAGUAUUGGCAAAGAAGGAAGCUUGGCAUUUAAGCUUUCCCCUGGAUUUGACCGAGCUCGUCUUCUCAACGAAGUUCUUCCUAAUGUACGAAUGAAUUAUCGUCAGGAAGUACAUGAAGAUUUGCGUUCCUGUGUAACUAAGUUGGAUGGCCUGUUAGAUAUUUCCAGACUAGAAUCAGUCGCCUCUGAAACGCAUACUAUUCGUAAUUUGGACCAGUCUCAAAGAUUGCGUGAUUAUCGAGUUGCUAUUGAGCAGCAUCAGAAUAUUCGUUGCCAGCUGUUAAAUGAUACUGAAGAGAAAGAAAGCAACAAAGAAAACGAAGCACCAAAUGUGAACUCGGAUUGUCGAGUUCUAGUGCAAGAUGUACAGCGUUUACAUGUUUUUGAGGCUUUGAGACAAGAUUGUCGACAGCAACAAAUAAGGUUAAACCGAUUGUCAAGACUAGAGUCUAGCGAGCAACGUGUCAAACAACAACCCAAAUAUCCGACAACAGACAUGUCCGCAAGAAGACGGAAACUUUUUGAUCAGCACGUAGAGGAAGACGAUCUGAACGUGAGUAAAGAUUCGCAAAUUCAACGUACUAACUUUGUAGAAGGCAAAUUGGUAAACACGGUGAAACCAAUGAAAUCUCGUGAAACAAAGAAGGUUGUGAAAACGGGGGACCUUGAUUGCAGAUCAGAACGAGACGUUUUGAAUGAAUCUUCUGCAACGGAUAUGAUGUCGUCAGAAGAAUUUGAACAAUCAAUGCAAGCCUAUAUUAACAACAGCGGAAUCUUUGGUAUUGCUCAGCAGAAAAUUUUGGACAAAAAGCUGGAGAAAAAUAUUCGCAAGAUAAAUCAAAUGGUGGAUCGUUCGGCAAAAAGGUUUUUCAAGCGCGAACAAGCUCCUGAGAAUCCUUACGAUUUCAACGAGCCAAGCGAUAAACAGAGAAAAAAAGUAACAAAACGUAAGAAUGCUUCAACAUUGAAAACAAAGCGCAAAUCAGACAAAAAUGAUCAAGAAUUUGUGCCGAACAAAAUGGCCAAAAAUGCUACCAAUGCAUCCCUUCGUGGUAAAAAAUCGAAAAAACAGCAAUUAUCAGCAAACAAUAUGGAAAAUGUCCCAAAUCCAAUCAUUGUUAAAACGGAACAGAAGCCAUGUCGCGUUUCGUUGCCACGCAGCAAAAAACCGUUGAUGCUGAUAGAUUUAACAUCAGAUUCGGAGACUGAAGCCGAGGUGGCGACUACUGAGAGAGCAAUUUUUGUUAAAAACAAGAAAGACUACACAAUGCAAAAUACCUUCCAAGAUCUGGACAUUUCGUCUAUUGCACCGGAACCAUCUACUGAUCCGCAGCGUAAGAAGCCUAUUACAAACCGGUUGUUCGACAAAUCGACUCCAGCUGAAAUUGCCAAUAAACGUGGGAAGGUGCUUCAGAAGGUCAAAAAUACGGACCGUGUUCCUCAACAGUCAUUGGCUUUUGAAGAAAUUCGUGAACCACUUGCUGAAAUUAAUGGCAGCAUUCUGAUGCGCAGGGAUUACAACAAAACUAGAAAUAACACGUUGGCAGCGACGGCAGCCAAAUUGAUACAGCAAGAGAAGGAAAAAGCACAAUCUCGGAAGCGCUCUUCCUCUCCAUCGGAAUGCAGCAUUCAGGCCAACAUCACCAUGAACGAUUUGAUUCCUGUGCCGCGCUAUUCAAAAGUACAAAAAAUAGAUACUGCACCACAACCGUGCACGUUGACGAAAGCACGAGUUAAAGAUCAUCGUUCCAAUAACGAAACGCAGAUGCCAGUCUCUUUGAGUGUGAUUGCUAGUCCAAAGUUACCGAUACCCGAGACCCUAUCGGAUGGCACUAAUGCAGCAAAGUAUGACCUAAAUUAUGCCAAUAACAACUUCUUGCUGAGCAAAUUUAUUGCCAGCAACCAAAAUGUGGAAUAUCAAAGGGAAAUGAAAUCUGUAGUUAGUGAAGAUAUUCGAGUUGGUAACAUGUGUACCAAUCCCCCGUCAAUGGGUGAUUCAAGUUACUUGAGAAUUGUGUCAGACCAAAGUGUAAUACUUGAUUCUAAUUCAUUGUCCCCUUGUUAUCCGAAGGCCGCAAAGUCGCCGAUGACAAGAGGAACAAACUAUAUUGAAUCUAAUGUUAACGCUACUGACAACAAGCCACUCAGGAGAAAAAGCGUUCCUUUCGACACGGAGCGGGUUGACAACCGUACAAGAGCGACAGUUGAGACAGUGGCAGUGCCCGAAAAUCCGACUGAAAGGACUCACAUAAAAACAAAAGUAUUGGCACCCCGUGCUACCAUCGAUUCGAUCAUGAUCGAACAGUUCAAGACUAAGAUACACCAGGAACUGAACCCCGCGUUAGUAGCCAUGGAAGACAAAAUGCAAAGGCUGAACGGAAUGAACAAAGCUUUCGAACGUCUUUCCACAAACAUUCGCGGUGAGGAAAUACGAGAAAAAUGCAAAGAAAUAUUGACUCUUGAGACACGACUGGAUAAGUUAUUAGACGAUAUGGUUACAAUAUGCGCCGAUUCUGUUGACAGGAGCAAUCAGGCUAUUCAACUGGCUAAGAAGUUGGUUAAGUAUGGAGAGACUAAGCGAGAGAACUACAAGGAACAAUUGCAAACUGGUCGUCGAGAAAUUCCAGUCAUUGUGGACGAUUGUAUUAGAAGCAUUUGGAAUGGACAAGUGCGCACUAGGAUGAGCCAGUUGGAGUUAUUGAUUACCAAAAUGAUGAUGUGAACUUGGGUUGAUGGUAUCAAAUACGGCAACUAGUUUUCACUUUCUGUAACGGAUUGAUAUUUAUUGCUGUUAAACAUUUUUUGAAUUGUGUAGAAAAUUCAUAACUCAGACUAAUUCUUGUCAAUUGUUAAUACUUUCUUUAAUGAAUUAAUUAUUUUGGUACUGAACCUUGUACUGAACGUUUUGAAUUGUGUAGCUAAUCCUGACCUAAGUUUCAGUAAAUGAAAUAAAAUAUGUUUUCUAA